AUGAACAAAGCGCGCGCAACCUUCAACGUGUCCGCGUCAGCGCUCUUCAAGCGUGUCGCGGAAGACGCCUCGCGCGCUGAGAGCGCGCCGUCGACGUCGCGACGAUUCGUGGCGUUGUCACUGGCGCUCGCGGCGGCGUCGACGGCGAGUGCGCCGGGAGCGAACGCGCAGAAGUUCAAGGAGGUGUGCGACCCGACGGAGGACGGCGCGGAGUGCCGAGCGAACAUUCUCGCGCAAGACGGGAUCGACGUCGGCGCGUACGAAGUGGGCGGCAGUCGAUCGUUCAAGGCAGCGAAUCCGACGGGGGCGAAGACGAGCUUGACGACGUAUCAGAGCGACACGCUCGAGUUCGUUGGCGAGGUGGAGGCGCUAUUGGCCAUGGACGUGUACGACGGCUCUCGGGAGAAGGCAGUCGCGGCGUUUCAGAAGAAGUCGAAUAACUGGAGUGGGAAGUACGCCCCGGGUGGGAGCUCGAAGAUGGCGUCCGGGCGGGCGUUCUACAAUGCGUUGAACCAGCUCGCGGGACACUACUCGUUCAAUGGGUUGGCGCCGAUUCCGAAGAGUCGACUCGACGUCGUAGAGACGAACAUCGCCAAGACCAAGGAACUCAUCGCCGCUGGAAGAUAG